UGUCGUUGGUCUGCCAUUUGAUGUCGCCCAAUCGAAUUCACUUGCAGUCGAGGCAUCAUUAACUGGGCUGAGGCCUCUGCCUUGAAAAGGAGUGGGGCGUUGCUGGUAGAGCUAUCGCCAGUUCGAGAUGGGUCUCUUAUUCCUAUUGCUGCUGCUGCUUUGCACGCACCCUUUCAGGGUCAGGACGCUCGGUUCUCCCCGGGGGCGCCCGAGCCACGGCUCAGUGCGAUACUUUGACUAUCCUGAGGAGAUUACUUGCGCGCCGUCUGGCGUUGUGGUGCGGAUUCGCAAUGACUCAUUUCAAGGGAUGUUCAUUCGAUUGUCAAUUGUGGAUAACUAUGGUAUACCAAGAGACCUGCAUUCACUGCCCAGCAGCUGUCCAUAUACAACUCUACCACAAGAAGAUGGGUCCUUGCUUUUCAGUACUCCAUACAAAGGAUGUUAUGUUCAUCUAAUGAAUAAUACAGUGAGCCUGGAGCUGAGGAUUGAUGGAAUUGAUGAAUCCAAGAGGAUUAUGGUCAUAGAACGCAUUCCACUAAGCUGUAUCCUGCCAUCACUGCCUUCUGUGACAACUAUGGGACCCACAAAUGGAACCCUUCUGACCACCAAGGAGCCAGUGAAUACCACAGCAAUGACCACCCCACUGACCAAGGAGCCCAUGGAUAUUACUGUGACCAAGGAGCCAGUGGAUACUACUGCAGUGACCACUCCACUGACCAAGGAGCCCAUGGAUAUUACUGUGACCAAGAAGCCAGUGGAUACCACAGCAAUGACCCUUCCCACCAAGGAGCCAGUGGAUACCACAGCAGUGACCCUUCCCACCAAGGAGCCAGUGGAUACCACAGCAAUGACCCUUCCCACCAAGGAGCCAGUGGAUACCACAGCAGUGACCACCCCACUGACCAAGGAGCCAGUGGAUACCACAGCAGUGACCCUUCCCACCAAGGAGCCAGUGGAUACCACAGCAAUGACCCUUCCCACCAAGGAGCCAGUGGAUACCACAGCAGUGACCACCCCACUGACCAAGGAGCCAGUGGAUACCACAGCAGUGACCCUUCCCACCAAGGAGCCAGUGGAUACCACAGCAGUGCCCCUUCCCACCAAGGAGCCAGUGGAUGCCACAGCAGUGACCACCCCACUGACCAAGGAGCCCAUGGAUAUUACUGUGACCAAGGAGCCAGUGGAUACCACAGCAGUGCCCCUUCCCACCAAGGAGCCAGUGGAUACCACAGCAGUGACCACCCCACUGACCAAGGAGCCAGUGGAUACCACAGCAGUGACCACCCCACUGACCAAGGAGCCCAUGGAUAUUACUGUGACCAAGGAGCCAGUGGAUACCACAGCAGUGCCCCUUCCCACCAAGGAGCCAGUGGAUACCACAGCAGUGACCACCCCACUGACCAAGGAGCCCAUGGAUAUUACUGUGACCAAGGAGCCAGUGGAUACCACAGCAGUGCCCCUUCCCACCAAGGAGCCAGUGGAUACCACAGCAGUGCCCCUUCCCACCAAGGAGCCAGUGGAUACCACAGCAGUGCCCCUUCCCACCAAGGAGCCAGUGGAUACCACAGCAGUGACCACCCCACUGACCAAGGAGCCCAUGGGUAUUACUGUGACCAAGGAGCCAGUGGAUACCACAGCAGUGACCCUUCCCACCAAGGAGCCAGUGGAUACCUCAGUAACUGCCCUGGUAACCAAGGAGCCAGUGAAUACUACAGUGCUCCUUUCCACCAAGGAGCUAGGUAGUGCUGCUACCACAAUCCCACCUGUGGGACAGACAACUGGUUUCACAGCUACCUCAGUUGGCACGGACCUGAAACCAAAUGGAGACACAACCCAUAUUUGUGGUGUCGAGGUGAAGGACCGUGUGGACUGUGGAAAUGCCACACUUGAAGAAUGCAAUGCCAAAGGCUGCUGUUAUGAUCCCAUCAACAAGCAAACUCCAUGCUUUUAUGGAAAAACUGCUUAUAUUGACUGUUCCCAUGAUGGGCUGUUUACCAUUGUGGUACCAAGGGUAGCAACUGUGCCAGCACUCAAUCUCAGUUCCAUAGCUUUGAUGAAUCAUACAAGCCCUCAGUGUCUCCCUAUAACCAGGACAACUGAGUUUGUUCUCUUCAGGUUUCCCCUUGAUUCAUGUGGGACUACACAAAUAGGUGAUGGACUAAACAUCACUUACAGCGUAGAUAUAAUAGCCAAAAGGAAAAUCCAAAGUGGACCUCGUGGCUCUAUAACCAGGGAGAGUACUUUCAAGUUGCAUGUGAAAUGCCACUUCUCUGGCAAGAGAGAUAUCCCUUUGACACUAGUAGUGAAUACUGCUUCACCCCUGCCUUCCAUAUUGAGGGAGGGUGUCCUCCAAAUAGAAAUGAGGAUUGCAAAGGAAAAGUCCUAUAGUACUUGGUUUGCUGAUGAAGACUACCCUCUAGUGAAAUUUCUCAGGGAGCCAGUGUAUGUGGAAGUACGCCUUCUCCACCGAACUGAUCCCAAUAUUGAACUAGUGCUGAAUGAUUGCUGGGCUACACAAACACUUGACCCUCAUCAGGCCCCAAGGUGGAGCAUUCUCCUGCAUGGGUGCCCAUACUACAAGGACAACUACUUGUCUCAGCUACAUGCAGUAGAUGCAGCUUCCAACCUGUCUUUUCCAACACAUCACAAACGGUUUGAAGUGAAGACAUUUGCAUUCUGGAACCAGGAGAUUCAAACAGCACUAAGUGGAGAGGUCUACUUUCACUGUAGUGUAACUGUGUGCCCUCUACCAGACAUGCAGGAGUGUACCACAACCUGUGGAGCUGACAGAAGAAUGGCCAGACAUUCAGACUUUAACACUUCAGAUAAAGCUGCCUACCAUGGAUUAGUGACACUGAAGAGACCCAUAGUUUUUGCUCUUGCUGAAGGGAAAACUGCAGACCUAUCCCAGGCAAAUGCAAAAACAACUGAUGGUGUUCUCCUCGCAGCAGCUAUAACAUCACUAGUGUUGGCCUUGAUCUGUGGACUAGUAGUCUGUUGGAAUUGCAAACAAAUGCCCAUGUCUUGAGCUUGUGAUAUUCAGAAUUCACUACUGAAGUGUAAGAUUUACAUGUCAUUAACCCCUUAUUCUCAAUGACUGGUUGAAUUGUCUUUUGUGGGAGCUACUGCAGUAUCUAAUUAAACAAUGGGGGGGUUGAAAUGAUGACUUUUGGUAUGAAGAACUUGUUUCUUGCUUGCUGUUAACCAAUGUUGACUUGGAUGUCAGACUUCCUCUGGAGGAGUCUCUAGUCUCUGGUUCAAUGGUAAAUUACAAAAGUCUCUAGCAAUGUUGCUGCCCUGCUUGUUUAAACUGUUUUCCCAGUCUAACUGUAGAAAUGAGGUUUAUAAACAACUUGUAUUGUUGGAUGAAGUUUAAACUAUGCAAAUAAAAU